UCUCUCACCCCACGAACGGUAGAUAAACUGAGGUCAAAGAUGCGAAACGCUCUUCGGAUUCCUUCAUUUGCUUCGUUGGUGCUAGGAUCGUUCGCAUCGAUCGCGAAUAUGACUCCGAAAACUGUUUGGUUGGUCGGUGCUCUGACGUUGACGCUUUUUGUGAUUAUCGAGUCGUCUGCGUUCAAAGAGACGAAAAUUACGGAAGGAGACUAUCAGGGUUUAAAAACGUACGACGUUAAGGGAAAAGAAAAGAAAUUAAAGCUGUGGAGAUUCAUGCUUAUUAGUAGAAAGGACGCUGGUGAAGACCUCGAAACGAAGAUUAAACCGAUUUUCAAGAAAUACAAGAUCACUCGGCUGCGAGUGGAGCCCUUUGGCAAGGAACAGUCCAUCGAGAAUGGGGAACAUCUUUUAAUCGGAGAUAAAAGUGACGAAACGCACAAGGACAGAGUAAAAAGAAACGCGACUGCGUUGAAUGAGUUCAAAGGCGCGAAGAAAGGCCAUAAAAAGUUGAAGCUGGCUCACGUUCAGGCUGGUUACAAGAAUUGGAAGAACAAAGAACGCUCGAACGAUUCGAACGACGAUAAACCCGUGGACAAGACAAAGAAAAUCAGUCGACGUUACGUGAAUUAUUUCCCGAAUAAUGAAACAAAUAUAUCGAAACGUUACGCCCUGACUAAAGAUUCGAAGAAUGAUAAAUCGGAAUAUUACGCGCAAAGGAAAGCGGUUAUGGACAGAUUUCACGCUCGUCAAAGAGAAAUAGCGGACAGGUACGCGAAGAGAACGUCCACGACUCCGAAGUAUACGUAUAAAUACGAUUUGGAGAAGAAAAACAACGUAUUUUUGCCUUCAUCCGUGAACAUCAAUAACGAUGUUCCGAUAAAUAAUAUCAAUAAAAGCGAACACGCAGUCGAUAAGGCGAAUAACAGUCUCCAGACCAGUACCUCCACUUCUUCUACGACACCGAUUCGAGAACAAAUCAUAGAAACAACGACAACAGCCUAUCGUAUCAACCGAUCAGAUCAAUUUCAAACUACGGAAAAUUCGCUAGAACGGGAUGCCGAAGAGGACUACGACGAAGACUCUGACUAUCUGGAAGAUAACAAUGACUAUCAGAAGUCUAGUGACUCGAAACCAGACGAUGACAAAAGCGGCGCGAAAUGGGGUAAUUGUACUGGUAGUUUAGUAUAUCAGCAUAACAUAAUCAUCAGCGUACGCCAAGCGUUACAAGCUGUCGCGGAUAUAACUACGUCGGUGGAUGGACAUCUUUGCGUUACAUGCAUCAGAGUGGAAUCAUUGAAUCGUAACAAGAGCGUCACGGUGAAACUGGAAGUGAAUCGUAGAAAGGACGGCAGCAUUAUCAACGCGAAGCUCAAGUUCAGCGACUUCCAUCUCGAGCAAUUAUCAUAUUCCGUGAGGAUGUGGGCCGUCAACAAAAUAGGAAACAGUUGCAGCUUCGUACCGUAA